UGGUUUCCGGUCCCCGUGCCCUCGCUGCCCCGCCUCGCCAUGCUGCUCGCCCGGUCCCUGCGCUCUGCCGCCGCCCUCGCCUUGCGACCGCCGCCACGCCGCCUCCUCUCCUCCUCGUCGUUCCCGCGCGCCCUCCUGCCGCCGCCCGGCUCCGCGCCGCCCCUCGCGCGCUCCCUCUGGCAGCUGGGCGGCGGCGGCGGGCGGACGGCGCUGCUGCGCCCGCGGCGGGGCUCAGCCGGGGGCGUCUCCUGCGGCUGCGGCGGCCUCCACACCGAGGGGGACAAAGCCUUUGCGCAGUUCCUGACAGAUGAGAUCAAAGAGGAGAAGAAAAUCCAGAAACACAAAUCCCUGCCCAAGAUCUCCGGCGGAUGGGAGCUGGAAGUGCACGGCACUGAGGCCAAGCUGGUGCGGAAGAUAGCGGGGGAGAAGAUAACGGUUACCUUCAACAUCAAUAACAGCAUCCCACCCUCAGACGACGAAGAAACACAGGAAGAGCAGAAACCCGAUGAGCAAGAGCCUGACCUUACGUCAACUCCAAACUUUGUUGUGGAAGUAAUAAAAGACGACACAAAGCAGACCCUUGUUCUCGACUGCCAUUAUCCAGAAGACGAGAUUGGACAUGAGGGAGAGGAAGAAAGUGACAUUUUCACAAUUCGGGAGGUCAGUUUUCAGCCCACCGGAGAAUCGGAUUGGAAGGACACCAACUACACCCUCAAUACGGAUUCCCUUGACUGGGCUCUCUAUGAUCACUUAAUGGAUUUCUUGGCUGAUCGAGGAGUGGACAACACGUUUGCCGAUGAGUUAAUAGAGCUCAGCACUGCACUGGAGCACCAGGAGUACAUUAAAUUCCUCGAAGACCUUAAAAGCUUUGUCAAAUGUCAGUAGGUCAGCCUAGGAAACAGAUCUGUACGUGUGGGUAUUCCACAGCACUGUGCCAGCCAGCAGUACCCAAAUAGAUUACUCACAACAGAUAACGGAGAGUAAGUAACUCGGAAUUUGGAAAUGAGGAUAAUGGCUUAAAUUUGGGAAUUGGUAUUUAUGUUGCAGCCCAGAUGAAGUCCCCUACCAUCAUGGUCCAGAAUUGCCUCACCCUGCCUGGGGGGUUUUGUACAAUUGAGAAUGAAUGUGAAGAAUAAAGUCUGCUGUUCAACGUA